AGAUUGAGAAUGGAGCUUUCCGGUCGGGCGGGAGGAGGUGACGUCAGGAGCGGUGGCGGGCGGGGGCUUCUGGUAGCCCUGGGGACGCUGUAUCUGUGGGCUCUUGAAUCGCGUCACAAAUCAGCGACCGAACUCUGGCGGUGGUGGCUGAGACGGCGAAGGCGGCAGCGGCGGCGACAGCUCUGGGGUUUGCGUCUCGGGGUGUGUCGGCCGCCGCUGCUGCUGGGGCCUGGUAUGUACAGAUGGCUGGUUAGGAUUCUCGGCACCAUUUUCCGUUUCUGCGACCGGUCGGUGCCCCCUGCCCGGGCCCUCCUGAAGAGGCGGCGCUCAGACAGCACUGUGUUUUCUACAGUGGACACUGAUGAAAUACCAGCCAAAAGACCAAGAUUAGAUUGCUUUAUUCACCAAGUGAAAAACAGUCUCUACAAUGCUGCCAGCUUAUUUGGAUUCCCAUUCCAGCUGACCACAAAGCCCAUGGUAACUUCUGCUUGUAAUGGAACACGGAAUGUGGCCCCUUCAGGAGAGGUAUUUUCGAACUCUUCAUCUUGUGAACUGACAGGUUCUGGAUCCUGGAACAACAUGCUGAAACUGGGUAAUAAAUCUCCUAAUGGAAUAAGUGACUAUCCAAAAAUCAGAGUGACAGUGACCCGAGAUCAGCCACGCAGAGUUCUGCCUUCCUUUGGUUUUACUUUGAACUCAGAAGGCUAUAAUAGAAGACCAGGUGGCCGUCGCCAUAGCAGAGGUAAUCCAGAGAGUUCUUUAAUGUGGAAACCUCAGGAACAGGCUGUAACAGAGAUGAUUUCUGAAGAGAGUGGCAAGGGUCUGAGGCGUCCCCGUUGUACUGUGGAGGAGGGUGUUCAAAAAGAGGAAAGAGAGAAGUACCGAAAGUUAUUGGAACGACUUAAAGAAAGUGGUCAUGGAAACUCUGUCUGUCCUGUAACUUCAAAUUAUCACAGUUCUCAAAGAAGUCAGAUGGACACAUUAAAGACCAAAGGCUGGGGGGAAGAGCAAAAUCACGGAGUCAAAACAACUCAGUUUGUUCCAAAACAAUAUAGACUUGUUGAAACAAGGGGACCUCUAUGUUCAUUGAGAAGUGAAAAGAGGUGUUCAAAGGGGAAAAUUACUGAUACAGAGAAGAUGGUUGGAAUCAGAUUUGAAAAUGAAAGUAGGAGGGGAUACCAACUGGAGCCUGACCUAUCAGAAGAAGUGUCGGCCCGACUCCGCCUGGGCAGUGGAAGCAAUGGCUUACUCAGGAGGAAAGUGUCAAUAAUUGAGACAAAGGAAAAGAAUUGCUCAGGCAAAGAGAGGGACAGAAGAACGGACGAUCUCCUUGAACUUACAGAGGACAUGGAAAAGGAAAUCAGUAAUGCCCUAGGCCAUGGCCCACAAGAUGAAAUCCUAAGUAGUGCUUUCAAAUUGCGAAUUACUCGAGGAGAUAUUCAGACAUUAAAGAACUAUCACUGGCUCAAUGAUGAAGUCAUUAAUUUUUACAUGAAUCUUCUGGUGGAAAGAAAUAAAAAGCAAGGCUAUCCAGCACUUCAUGUAUUCAGUACUUUCUUCUAUCCUAAAUUAAAGUCUGGGGGUUACCAAGCAGUGAAACGAUGGACCAAAGGGGUAAAUCUCUUUGAACAAGAAAUUAUUCUGGUGCCUAUUCAUCGGAAGGUACAUUGGAGCCUGGUGGUGAUUGACCUAAGAAAAAAGUGUCUUAAAUAUCUGGAUUCUAUGGGACAAAAGGGCCACAGGAUCUGUGAGAUUCUCCUUCAGUAUUUACAGGAUGAAAGUAAGACCAAAAGAAAUAUUGAUCUGAAUCUUUUAGAGUGGACCCAUUACAGCAUGAAACCACAUGAGAUUCCUCAACAGUUGAAUGGGAGUGAUUGUGGAAUGUUUACUUGUAAAUAUGCAGAUUAUAUUUCUAGGGACAAACCUAUCACAUUUACUCAGCACCAGAUGCCUCUCUUCCGGAAGAAGAUGGUGUGGGAAAUCCUUCAUCAGCAGUUGCUGUGAGAAAACUUUGCCUGGUCCCUCUAGCUGCUGGUGGUUCUUUCACAGACAUUUCCAUAUACCUCAUGCAUUGUGGGUUAAAAAGUCCCUGCAUCACUUCUGUUCUCACAGGUACUGAGCUGUCAAAAGUGCAUGAAGGCCUCUCACUGUACUCUAUCCUGACUUGGGGUGCAGAGGGCUGCUUGCAAUCCUGUUUGUAAGGCUGUGCCUGCUCAGAGCUUUGGACUGUUCAACCCACACAAGAACAAACGCUAACUAAUAUUUUUUUUAAGAGAUUCUUUUCCCUAUGAAUGUGGGAAAUGCAGGAUUUAUUCUGUGAAUUGUUUUCUGUGUGUUUGUUCAGCGUAUUCAUUCACUCACUCGUUUGCAAACAUAAUGGGCAGUGGUCAUUUACUGCUGCUCUUUUACAGAUAGCUCUAAAUUACUUGUUUGAACUAUUUAUUUCUGAAAGGAAUGUUACUCAAGCUGCCACUCCCUGCUGAAGAGCAGGAGGGAACUCUCACUGGGGGCGGAAGGAAGUGGAGCUGGAGCAGUAACUGCCAACAUGAAGCUGGAGGGUUUGGGAUUUUUUUUGUUUUGUUUUUGUUUUUUUUUUUGAGGCUCAAAAAAUGCUGGGAGAAAUGAAAAUGCUGUGGGAUAGGGCUCCCGUUGCCUUUCAGAGGAAGUCUGACACUACAGCAUUGGCGCAGUGCCGUGAACAGUGGGACUGUGCUCAAGGGACUCUGACUGUCCAGCAUCUUCCGAAGAGUGUUGUGGUCAUCUUAAAGAGACUUCCCUUUCUGGAAAUGCGGUGACUUGGCUUAGUCUUCAAGCUGGAUUCAUGGAUUUGAAGUAACUGUAAACCUAAAUCUUCAUUUUCAUCCCAGAUCUGGUUGAGUAUAAACCUCAGAAUUGUAGGGACUGGCCUGAACUGUUUAUUUCAAAAGAUACUAUUCAAUUUAAAGCUAUUUUUCCUCAGAGGUUUUGUUUUCUAUAUAUUAAGUCUAGAUUAAGUUUUCUACUCACGAAGACUAACAUCUCCCCACUCCAUCCCCACUGAAAUUUGUGGAAGAAAAUUUAGUACUUGGCUCUGAGGUUGCCAGUUACACAAUAAUCUAUUUUGCAUAUGAAAGUUUCUAUUUAACUUUUUUGUUCAUUAAAAACCUUACUGAUGUGGUUAUAACUUCAGACAGUUUAGAGUUGGUCAGAACAUAUUUUGCAAGAUCUAGUGCCUAGUGUUGCUUUUCUGAUGUAAUAAAAGGUUGUCUGGCAGAACCUAAAAAA